CGCUUCUUUUUCUUCAGAAUAAAGUAGUUUAAUAAAAUGAUUGUAUAAAAACUAGCUCACAUCGUAAAUCAUUUGUAGUUGUAUUUUAAAACGAGGAUCAAAGAAGUGUGGAGAAGAACAGAAGCGGCUAAAUCCCAGCUGCUUCAUGAUUCAGCAGCAGUCUCAGCUUGGUUGUCAUCCACUUGAAGAUGUUCACCAUCUUUAUAUAACGUCAAAUGCCCGUCGGCAGCUGAUAUGUCUUUUGAUUCCAUACAGAUCGCAUGAGCUCAGCAGAUGCCACGGACGACCAACCUGGCGGCAGAGAUGGCAGAGAUGAAAGCAGCGAUAGCGGCAUGGACAGCGCCAGCAGCGCUAACCUCCGCGCAGCCCUGCAGUUUGUGAAUAAUGUUGCUCGGCGGAGGUAUCGGGAGCAGAGGUUUACGGUUGAUAAUGUGUCUGUGGAGGAGGUCGACAAGUUGACGCAUGAGUUGGAGUAUUAUACACCUCCCGAUGCGCCGGGGCCAAUCUACUCAUCCACAAGGAUAUCCUACGACGCUGCGAAAUCACGGCUCGUGCUCGAGACGCGUCCUAGUAUCAUAUGCGAGUCGCUACCGAUGUUCACCGCGCGCUCGAUCCGCGACGCGGCGGGCGAGAUCGUGCGCCGCCAGCUGGUGCAAGCCGGUGCAGAAGAUCCCGGCGACGAGCCGAUAUUCGUGAACUGGCACAUGCCCAGUCCGUCGUAUCCGUUUGAAGGGCGGUGGAAGGGAUCGCUGCGGGAGCCGGAUGAGAUGAUUGGGUACGCGAGUGAUGUCGAGAUGGUGUCUGACAGGUUGAUGAUCGAGGGUGGUGCGAGGUGUGACUAUGCGAGCUUGGUUGAUAUCAUGAAGUUGUGGCUGUAUGGGUCUGGAGACGACCGAUGCGGGCUAUGUCUUUUAGUUACGUUCGACGAGCAGCCGCGGUUUGUGAUGCCCGACGUCGACGAGGUUGAUGUGGCAUGGGACUGGCGCUCGGCAGUGAAGAAAUUCGAGGAAGACGUGGCGGGUGCGAUGCUUCGUUCGCAAACAGAUACGACAGACAAGGAGCUGAUCCGUCAACCGAUCGAGUAUAUGGGACAUAUGUGGCUCGGGAAGCUUCGGUCCUGGAAGGUCGAGACGUUUCGCAAGGAUAGAGACACGCACAAUAUCUACGUGGACCGCCAAAUCGUUCGUCUCCUUUCCUUAUUUCGCCGUUCUUUUUUAUUCCGCCGUCAAGACGUGCUAACAGUCAUAUCCCCAGAACAUCCUCCCCUUCCUCGAACAAGCACAUGGAUACCCAGAAUCCUACACAGAAUACAUAGAUCUCGGCAUCUGCUUCGGCGACAUCGCGUACGAUUCCGACCUGCAGCGAUGGGGAAUCGCAGCAGCAACUCCGGUGCCGAUGAAGAUCGAGACAAAGAUGUUGAUGCUGGACACUGACAGGGCGUUGUUUCGGACUGCGGUCGCUAGGUUUACUGAGUAUAAUCGACGGAAGGCGGGGUUAUGAAAUUCUCUGUCAAUUUUGAGAAAUGUGUUGGAUUUCGUGUGCUCUUAUUUGUAUCAUAAUCGUAUCAGGAUAUAGAAUGAAACUGCGUGCAU